CGGAGAGACCGAACCAAACGGCACGGAAACCAUCGGUUCGUCACGCGACCACCGGUCGCACUCCCACCACCAAACGCGAAGCCGCACACGCCCGCGGCUCCGCCAAAAGCGAUCGCGCAGGCUCCCAAUUCGGGCGGAGAGAGAGAGGGAGAGGAGGAGACUCCGACCGAGGCGCAGCCCCCUCGCCGAGACCGACGGGCCGACGCAACCCAAGUGAAGGAAGAAGCAAGCGGCACGGCCGGCGCGUCCUCGCGUGCGCAGCCCGGCGAAUAUUCCAACGGCAUAACACCCACCACCCCUGCUCGACCCCGGCCCGGCUCGGUUCCUGGCCCUUGGCGAUGGCCGCGACGGAGGCGGAGAGGGGAACGGCGGCUUCGGCGUGGGAGGAGGAGGAGGAGGAGGCGAGGAGGCGGGGGAAGGGGAAGAAGAAGCGGUACGGGCUGGUGGAGUACCGGGCGCUGCCGGGGUACCUGCGGGACAACGAGUACAUCCUGCGGCACUACCGCUGCGAGUGGCCGCUCCCGCAGGUGCUGCUCUCCGCCUUCACCAUCCACAACGAGACCCUCAACGUCUGGACGCAUUUGAUAGGAUUUUUCAUCUUCCUUGCUCUGACCAUAUACACUGCAACAAAAGUUCCAAAUGUAGAUCUCCAGAGCCUUCAGCAUUUGCCGGAUGUGCUGAGAAAGGCUGAUGUUCAUAAGAUUCAGGCAGAGCUUGUGUCAUGCCUUCCUUCAUUGCCUCACCUAUCCGAUUUACAAAAGCUGAAAGAUGAGUUGAAGAGCUCAUGGAAUUCUAUUGAGGUUCUUUCGUCCUUGUCCCGUUGGCAUCUCUUGGAGGUACUCUCAAGUUGCUUGCCACACAGAUUUACCCAUUACAAUGAGACAAGUUUGUCUGUUCUUCAAAGCAUGAAAGAGGAUAUAGCAAACUUGAUUGCACCACAGCUUGUUAGGCCAAUCGCACGGUGGCCAUUCUUUGCCUUCUUGGGAGGAGCCAUGUUUUGCCUUCUUGCCAGCAGCACGUGCCACCUUCUCUCCUGCCACUCUCGCCGUCUAGCAUACAUUAUGCUUCGGCUUGAUUAUGCAGGCAUUGCUGCUCUUAUCGCCACAUCCUUCUACCCUCCAGUAUACUAUUCUUUCAUGUGUUAUCCCUUCUUUUGCAACCUGUACCUCAGCUUCAUAACUAUCCUAGGAGUGGCAACUAUAGCGUUCUCUUUACUCCCAGUCUUCCAGAACCCUGAGUUCAGAACCAUAAGAGCAUGCCUCUUCUUUGGCAUGGGUGCAUCCGGUGUGAUCCCUGUUCUUCACAAGUUGGUCCUUUUCUGGCACCAACCAGAGGCAUUGCACACGACCGGAUAUGAAGUUCUGAUGGGGCUCUUCUACGGUCUUGGAGCAUUGGUUUACGCAACUCGGGUGCCUGAGCGCUGGAUGCCUGGAAAGUUUGACAUUGCCGGGCAUAGUCACCAGCUCUUCCAUGUCUUGGUUGUUGCCGGAGCCUACACGCACUAUCAUGCAGGACUCGUGUACCUCAAGUGGAGAGACUUGCACGGCUGCUAAAAAUUGGUGCGACGCUGAGGUUGCGGAUAGAUUGUAGGUACUGUGAAUUUGGACAUAAGAUCAUGGUCUGUUGUAAUUUGUAACAGUAAACAUAAACAAGCGCUACAAGGUGUUCAGUUUGUCAUCAGUAAUUGAAGAUUGGUAUUUAUGCUACUAA